AUGGCGGCCGAGUUCAUUGGCUACAACGUGCUUGUUGCUGAUGUGAUCGGACAAAACUUGAUGCUUCGAGAUGUUACCCUUCUCUGGAAUGGCCAACGGCUCGCUCAGUAUGCUAUUGACGCAUCCUCCAUCACGGACCUUUCUCUAGAAUCGACUGGCAUGGGCUCUUCACAGCCCCAAUAUGCUCAACACCCUCCAAUGGAAGCUCCGAAACCCAAGCCUAAGCCCUCUGUCAAGCCGUCGUUUGUGGACCCGGCAAUUCUGAGCUACGCCAAACCCGCCCUACUGCCCACUCAAGCCCACCACCCGGCGCCGGUCGCCAACGAGGUGCCCCCAACAGUCGCAGCAUCUCUCACCGAGCCAUUCAGUGAUCUCGAACUGAAUGUGGGCACUGGUAAUAUUCAGAGGGGCUCACAAGCGAAGGGAUUUCCGGUUGCACAGAGCGUGACUCCGGCCAAGCAAACCUCACGGCGCAAAGAUCGCGGCAAUAACGAUGUUCCUGCCCGAAAGCAUGGCGCAGCUGCAAGCACUAACCCGAAAAGCAAGGGCUGGCGCCAAACGGCAUUCGUGGAACCCGCUACAGAAGUAACCCAGGUUUCGCCUGAGAACCUCCCUCAGCCUGGCGCCAAGCUGCGCAAAAAGAAGACACGCCGUACUUACGCCGAGGACGCCAGCGGCUGGGCAACAGAAGAUGCAACAGACAUCCAAGAGCUGCCCGAAUUUGACUUCGCAAGCAAUCUGUCAAAGUUUGACAAACGGACCGUGUUUGAGCAGAUUCGAAAUGAUGACACAACUGCGGAUGAAGCUCGCCUCGUUAGCUUCAACCGGAAGCCAAAGCCAGGAACCAAUGGCGGGAAGAAUCUUCACUGGUCAGAGAACGUGCUUGAUAGCCCGCAGAAUAGCGACACUGGAGAUGACGUCGACGUCAUCAGCGAUGCUAGACAUAGCUCCGAGAACAUCUCGGGACGAGACCGAUCACGAGCCGCAGGACGCAUGCAAUCCCGCAAGAGUAGCGGAAUCAUGGCGCAGCCAAUGGUGCAGCAGAUUAGUGCUCUUGGUCGGAGCCAACUCAACAUCUCUCGUACCACAAGUCCUCGACCCGGUCGAUCAUCCGUGUCCCCCAUGGUUGGGCCCAGUGUCUCUGGAGCGUCGCUACGACUUACUACAACUAGCCGGAGUUGCCCAACUGUCAGCCCACUGCAAACACUCGAGGUGGAGCAAAUCGCCGUUGCUGAGUUCGGUCUUACCGAAGAUAUCAUGACGGAGAAUGCGGGUCGGGGCAUUGCCGAGGCAGCAGUUGCCAAUCUUGCUAGUGAUGCUGCUGCACCCACGAUGCUGAUAAUUACUGGCAAUCAUAGAACUGGGGCUCGGGCUUUCGCCGCGGCUCGCCACUUGCGCAACCGUGGCCAUCGUGUCUCUGUCUGUGUACUCGGACUGGAACACGAGGCCGAACUGCUGGAGAACUGCCGCAAGCAACUCGACAUCUUUCGCAAGAUUGGAGGUCGGGUUCUGAAGUGGGAAGAUCUGUCCGCACGUCUAUCCUCGGCUGAGUUGGUCCCUGACUUAGUGGUUGAUGCUCUAUUCGGCAUGCACUUGGCCUUUGAUGACCUUCGCACGGAGGACCAGGCCGUGGCAUUUGAGAUGAUUACGUGGGUGAACCGGAGCAAAAUCGAUGUUUUAUCGGUUGAUAUUCCCUCGGGGAUGUCCGCUUCCAAUGGAGAGGUGACAAUGGUAGAGGGAAACCCACUCUGCAUUUCCGCAUCCUCGGUUGUAUGUCUCGGUGCACCGAAGACCGGCGUCCUCAACGCCCUCGUCUCAGGGCUUGCUUUCGGCUGGAACCUUACUGUUGCAGACAUUGGCAUCCCGCAAAUCGUGUGGCGCAAGUAUGGCACUCGACGUCGACACGGUAUUGACUUUGGCAAUCGAUGGGUGGUUCCACUGCAAUACCAAUCGUCAGCCCAGUAA